GAAACGCCUGCAGCUGAGCUCGCGCUGUAAUCUGUGACAACUGGCAAUGGACAGCAGCACCGGAGGAGCCGUGAAACCGUCUUACACAGAUAUGAAGCGUCCAAAGAGCCCCGACUGGCUGGACAGCAGCCCCCCUCCCAAGAGUCAGGAGAGACAGGAGGAGGAAGAUGAGGAGGAAGAUGAGGAGGAGAAAAGAGUGGUGGCAGUGCACAGGGCCAAACGAGAGCGCCGUCAAGGCAGCAGCAGUGCCACAAUGUGCCAGGUGUGCAACAUCCAACUGAACUCUAGCGCCCAGGCCCAGAUCCACUACAGAGGGAAGACGCACCAGAGGAGGCUGCGCCGACUGGCAAAGGCCGUCAGCUCAGGUGCCCUCUCCCAGAGCCAAGUCCACCCACUCCUGGGCUCCCUGCCUCUGCCAGGUCGACCCCUACAGCCGCAGACUCAUGCCCAGCUGGAGCACUUCCUGCCGCUCAGGGUCAACAGCUCCUCGCCACUCAGCCUCUUCCCCAAUUUCAGCACGAUGGACCCAGUGCAGAAGGCAGUGAUCAACCACACUUUUGGUGUGGCUCCACCCAAGAAGAAACCCAUCAUCUCCUGUAACAUCUGUCACCUGCGCUUCAACUCCACUACCCAGGCUGAGGCCCACUACAAAGGUCACAAACAUGCUCGCAAGCUGAAGGCCAUGGAGUCCCAGAGGAACCGGCAGAAGAACGGACACAGUCCAUCCGCAACAGGGAAAGACCGAGAGAGGGGGAUGAUGGGAGGAGGAACGGUGCCCACGGACUCGCAUCUGAAACACAUAACAGGCCCAAGUACUUCCUCCCAACCUGCACAGCAGCAACUAGAAAAUGGCCAGGGAGGCUUGCCGGCACCUGCUCCACCCUCACAGCCUUCACUCACAGACUCCACCUCAGUCCACUCUCCUCAGCUGUCCCCACAAAUCUCCCCUGGCUCUCAGCUUUCUGAUCUGCCCUCAGACAGUCCACCCAUGGAAGGGUGCGGCCCGGCCACCGGUUCAGCCCCACAGUCUGACCCUCAGGGGAACUCCACAGGAGGCGAGGAAGAGGAGGUGGUGAAGGUGGAGGAAGCUAAGGAUGCCAAGAGCAACAAAAAACAACCUCUCCACUGUCCUACGUGCAAAGUGACGGUCAACUCCAGCUCCCAGCUGGAGGCUCACUGUAGUGGCUCUAAGCACAAACAGAUGCUUGAUGGUCACAACAGCAGCCAGUCACAACGCAGGGUCAAGAUGACAUCACUGCCCCGGCCCACUAGCCGAAUUAAGCAGCGAAUGGGCAGCAAGACCAGGGCGGUUGUGGGCGUAUCCAGCCAGCCCUUUCACUGUGAGAUGUGUCAGGUGUCUGUCAACUCAGAGACACAGCUGAAACAGCACAUGAGCAGCAGGAGACACAAAGAGCGUUUGGCUGGGAAGCCUGUCAAGGCGAAGUUCACCCCCUAUAAUAAACUACAGCCCAGUGCUAUCUUAGCGACUAAACUGGCCCUGCAGAAGCAGCUAUCUAAGGCCCUGCCGGCAGGGUUCCUGACCAGCCCCCUCAAUCCAGCUGCCUUGUGCACCAUGCCGUCUGGACCUUUGGCGCUAAGGCUGCCACCAGGUCCCACAGCUAUCAUCCAGGGUCCCCUGAUCAGCCCCACCCUCUUCAGGCCUGCGCCGGGACCUCUGAGGGCCACACAUGCACCUAUCAUCUUCUCUCCUUACUAGCAAUGAGCCACGCUAGACCGGAGGACCUACAGAGGAGUGGACCUAACCUCGCCAAAGCUGGACUGGCAGAAAAGUUAAACUUGGUCGGUGAGGACAAAGCACGGGACCCCCUGAGGGACACUAUGCAGCGGCUGCGAUGGCAUCCUAUCAGCGUGUCAAGUUUGGCAGGUGUAAGUCAUAAGAACAGUAUGCACAAUCCCCUGGUGUGGAUUGAGAUUUCAGCGCUGACUGACCAGUGUCGCCACCCCCCUUAAAAAUGGAAGGACCAUCGCUCAGCUGUUUCCCCUCAACAAAACUUUUGAGUGCAUGUUCCCCGGGGUCUGGACCCCUCUGGAAGCCAUAAUGACAAGCAUCUUUUAGUUUUAUUUAUAAGACAAUUAUAGGCAAAUACACUAGAGUGUGUAAAUGUUACUGAGUGUUUGUUGCCAAAAUUCUUUCACUUUCAGAGCUUUCUAGUUGUACUCUGGGAGAAGAGGUACAAAACUUCAUUCCUGCUUUAGUUUAUAACCAAAAUCAAGUUGUGUUACUCCAAUGAAAGUGGCUAUUCCCAUAUAACCGCCCUCCACCAAUGAAAAGAGAGACCAGAUCCUUAACUUUGGAUCACUGAGGAUAUUUACAGCCAUCGUCUGAAAUGAUGCCUCUUCUAUAUAAUUUAUUUUAGAUAAAUACAUCCAUUUGUUCCGUUUAAAGUGUUUCUCCUGCUCUCUUUGUUACGAAGUGACAAUCAACCACCACCCUGAUAUGAUGCCAAGAAUAAUCCCCAUAUGGAGACAAACAUCUAACGCAUACAGUGAGAUGGUUUUAUUAUAAGUCAUAGAAUUUAAAACAGAUUUAGCGACAGCUCGGUGCUGUUUGUGCAAUAUGAAGAGACAGACUGAUGUGUAAUGUUUCCUAAAAAUUAAAUGAUUUAUCCACAAGUUUUUAAAGGUCCAGUGUGGAGGUUGCAGGACGAAAACUUCUCCCGUGUGCCAAGCGUGUAGGAGAACUACGGUGGCUGAUGGAAAAAUGCGAAUGACCCUGUUUAGAGCCAGUGUUUGGUUUGUCCAUUCUGGGCUACUGUAGAACAACAUGGCGGACUCCAUAGAAGAGGACCUGCUCAAUAUGUAGAUAUAAGCAGCUCAUUCUAAGGUAACAAAAACACAACUAUUCUUAUUUUCAGGUGAUUAUAAACUAAUGACUCAUAGGUAUAAAUAUUAUAUACUAUUUCUGCUACGGCGCCCCUACAUCCUACACACUGGACCUUUAAAAGUGUCUUUGACGUCUUUAUUAAACUGUUUUUAUAGAGCUGUAUUUAAAACCACAUUCUUUCACUUUCCCCUCCGACCUGUUUGUGCUGACUCAUCCUAAGCAAUAUGUAUUUUUGAAGUGUCACCUGGUAAAAUUAAUGACUAGUGUAACUGUGCAUCAAUUUGCAAUAAUGUAAAUGAUUAUGUGCUACAAAUGUCGAUACUGUAUU